AUCCGCUUCGAUUAUAAAAAACCUAAUCUCAUCUCCGCGUCGCCGUAUCUCUCAGAGCAAAUUUUCAUCGGCAGCUACAGGGCCUCCCACUCCAAAAUCUACCCUAUCGGUGGUAACCCAAUCACGGUACUGUUUUACAAUAUCCAUGGAUGACCAGAUUAGAUCUGUAUAUUUGACGCUGCAUUAUCAUUACACUAAUGGCGUAGGCGGGUUAUUACAUGAAAUACAAAUCAGCAAAGAUGGAAAAGUUAUCACUAAAUCCACAGAAGAUAAGCCUGCAACCCCUGCAAGGAAGUUGUUUGAUGAAACAGAAAUCCCAUGGGUUCCUUUCAUUCGCUGCGAGAGAAUUGCCUCCAAGUUAUACAUAUAUGCAGGUGAACGACUCAGAGCAGCAGAAGCUGGGGCAAAAGUAGCAUAUAUUUUUGAUCCAAAGGCAUCUGGAGACUUAGUUAAAUUCGAUCCGCCUUAUAUAUACGCGACAUUUCCAAAUAUUAUGGCAGCGCAUGGCAGGCUUUAUCAUCUGGCAACUUUUUUAGCCGAAAAACCAUGGAUGCCCAUGCCCUUUGAGCUAUAUGAUCCCACCACCAACUCUUGGGAUCCUUUAACUCCUGUACCUCAUUUUGCAUUCAUCCCACAAUCUUCACUAGCUCGCAGGGAGUUGACUGGUUAUGCUGUUUGGGGCAGCUGUAUUUUGCUUUCAUUAUGGUACCCUUCCAUGAAGUUUAAACCAGCACAUUUCGUACCUGUAGUUUUCAAUGCAGAAUUGGGAACAUGGCAUCAAGUCAAUUUUGAUCAAGAACAACGGAUACAACGUUUUCCUUUCUUUGGGAAGGCUGCUGUUGUAGGGGACACUAUAUAUGCCUUUGGUGAUAAAAAGGGAAAGUUUAUAUCAUUCUCUAUUAAGAAGUCUGGUUCAGAGGAGGAUGGUACUCUUAUUUACUCUCUAACAACACCUUACGAGUUGAAAGGCUUGAAGAUUAUUCAAAGUGCAAAAUAUAGGGGUUACAUAACAGAGUGUUGGGCUCCUUUGGGUGACUUGGAGUUCUGUUUAGUCCAGACUAUGAGCUACAGGGCUAAUAGGUAUCAACCUCUUUUUAUCACCACGUUCAAAAUCAUCCAUAAAGAAGGGACAAAUAGCCGUAUUGAGACCAUUCAUUCUACUCUCCAGUUUCUGAGCACCAAAGGUUAUGGUCAAUUCUGGAUGACAUUUGGCUACUGUCCAGAUUAUGAACCCAAAGAAGCCAUGUUGACUACGACAAAGGACAUCCGAAAAGAGAGAAACAGGAUAAAGGACAGCUCUCAGGAGGUUGACUCUGACAUUCUACUUUUUGAACCAAAAGAAGAGAGUUUGACAAAUGAGAAGGUUGACAUCCAAAACGAGACGAGCACGGUAAAAUGCAGCCCUUGCAAGGUCGAGUGCUUGAAGCUAGAUUUUGAACUCGGAGGAGAGAGUGCGACUAAGAUAAAGGGGGAGACAAAUGAGAUAAUAAACAGCCCCGGCAAGGUUGACUCAAACUCACGGGAUUUUGAACCCAAAGAGAGUGUGAUCAACAGUAAAAAAGCGAGAAGCCUUAAGAGAAAGGUUAAACGCUUAGAGAAAAAGAGAACUAAAAGAGCGUCCUACAUUUUCUCCCUUGUCAAACAUCAAGUAUCUACAUUGAAAUCGUACGGAAGAGGCAGAACAUAUGUCCCCAUUGCUUGUCUCAUCAUCCUUUUCAUUGGUUUGCUCUAUGGAUUCUUUUUUCUUCCAGAAACUCGUGAAGCGCGUUUCCUUCUGGGAAAAGGAUUAGGAGUUUGAAGGCAGGCCUGCUAAAGUUUAGGUUGGAGUGCUUGGGAGUUUUUGAUCAGGAAGACUAAUCGAAGCUAGUUUCAAGAACCUUGAAAUUAUUUUGCGUUCUUCAGUGUCUUAUUAAUUAAACUUACUCAACUGCGGAGGGUUGAGUCUAUAUAUAUACACAAUUAAAGUCCCACUAAGCCAUUUUAGCACAUUUAUGUUUUCAGUGAAGUUGCAUUACUUCAGUUUCUUAUUA